UCGGCUCCCUAAUUUCCCAGGAGAGGCCAUGGGGAGCAGGGUGGCUGCCCCAUUGCCCCAGCCCCUGUGCCUGGCUACCACACACAAGGGCGCGGGGGCCGCUAGGGGCACGGGGGGGCAGCCAGGCCUCCCAGCUCACCUCCGCCCCGGCUGGACGGCAGGACCCCGCGGAGCCUCCGAGAGCUGAAGCGUUGCGGCAUGGCGCGCGGCUGCCUCCAGGGCGUCAAGUACCUCAUGUUCGCCUUCAACCUGCUCUUCUGGCUGGGCGGCUGCGGCAUCCUGGGAGUCGGCAUCUGGCUGGCCGCCACGCAGGGGAACUUCGCCACCCUGUCCUCCUCCUUCCCGUCGCUGUCGGCCGCCAACCUGCUCAUCGUCACCGGCACCUUCGUCAUGGCCAUCGGCUUCGUGGGCUGCAUCGGGGCCAUCAAGGAGAACAAGUGCUUGCUGCUCACCUUCUUCGUGCUGCUGCUGCUGGUGUUCCUGCUGGAGGCCACUGCCGCGACCCUCUUCUUCGCCUACAGCGACAAGAUCGACAGGUAUGCACAGCUGGACCUGAAGAAGGGCCUGCACCUGUACGGCACCCCGGGCAACGUGGGCCUCACCAACGCCUGGAGCAUCAUCCAGACUGAUUUCCGCUGCUGCGGCGUCUCCAACUACACGGACUGGUUCGAGGUCUACAACGCCACGCGCGUGCCCGACUCCUGCUGCCUGGAGUUCAGCGAGGGCUGCGGGCUGCACGCGCCCGGCACCUGGUGGAAGGCGCCGUGCUAUGAGACGGUGAAGAUGUGGCUCCAGGAGAACUUGCUGGCCGUGGGUGUCUUCGGGCUGUGCACGGCGCUGGUGCAGAUCCUGGGCCUGACCUUCGCCAUGACCAUGUACUGCCAGGUGGUGAAGGCUGACACCUACGCGUAGGUGGCCCGCCCCCGUGCCUCACUGCCAAAGGACGCUGCCCGCCCCGAGAUGGCCGGUCCCACCGAGGCCCGCACCAGCCUGGGCGUGGGGGAGGGCAGGCCAGGCGGCAGAGCCCCCCGGACCCCGGCCAGGCCUCGGAGGAGCCCCCUGGAGGGCGCGGCGGGGCGCUGGCCACCCUCGGGGGCCGGAGGCUGCGGUGCUUCUGGUGCAUUUUACUUUCCACACCCAUGUGCUUCCCGAGCAGUGUUUUCCCGGGACCCUGCACAGGGCAAGGGGCUGGGGCCACCCACAGGUGGGGG